CGCUAAUGAGGUUUUGGUCAACAGUUUGCUUGAUAUGGUAAAAUUUUGCAAUUAUGCGGGCAAUAUUAAAGCGUGAAAAGUUGUUUAAAUGUACUGAAAAUUAACAAGUUAAAUCAUGAAAGAAUGACAACAAUAUUACUUCUCAGCUUCCGUUGGACAAAAAUACGACCACUUUUAAAAACUCCACAAAAAUUACUCAUCGCACUUCUCUGCGCACUUCUUCUAGCGCAUUUUUUUGCGCAUUUCUUCGCAGCGAGUUUCUUCGUGGAGCAUCUUCCUUCUUGUGCCAAACCGCCGGCUCACCUCCACCUCUGCCUCACCUCAGAUCUUCGAGCGAUCUUCCUUCUUCGCAAAGCAUCUUCCCUCAUCGCCAUUUAUGCCUCCGAUCGUCACUCGUCGCUGCCUCCAAUCAUCUCUGCAUCUCCAUCGUCAUUUUUAUUUUACUCCUUCCUUCUCGUUCAGGAAUUAGACCAAGAAGGCUAAGAUUGGGGAGGUUGAGGGUAGGGUUUAGGAGUGACGAUGGGGGGCUAGUGUUGGGUUCGCAAGGUAAGCUGGGCGAUGGUCGAUGGUUAGAAUGGUGGCUCGAGUGGUUGGGGGCAGGUCAAGGGGCAUGGAGGUGGCUGGGGGAGCACAGUAGGGGGUUGGGGUGCAGGGGAGAGGCAGGGGGCAGGGGGCAGGGGAAGGGUUGGGGAGCAGGGAAGGGGCCUAGGGGCAUGGGGUAAGGGGUUGUAUGUGGUCUCACCCGAUGGCGGCAGUGUCAAGGCGGCGGGGUGAUGGUUUCCCAUGAAAAUUUUGAUGGGGAAAAGUCGCAGGUAAAUUUUUUGACGACACAGUGAUACGUUUUCCGGUACAGUGACAUCUG